AUGAAAGAAGCUGGAGAUGGGCUGCAAGACCAGAUGAAUUGUAUGAUGGGUGCACUGCAGGAGCUGAAACUUCUCCAAGUGCAGACAGCUUUGGAGCAGUUGGAGAUCUCAGGGUUCCAGGGCCAAGCUCCAUCCAUCACUCAGAGCCAGCCACGGCUGACAAACGGCAAGAGCAGCGAGGGCUGGCCAGGUACCAGGCUUGAAACAAAGAGCUGCAAACCUAGCAGCAGCAAACUCCACACACCGAGCCCUACAACCUUUCCAGGGCAGGCUGAGAAACCCCUGGGCUCACAGCUAAGAGAAUGUCUGAAGGAGAUACCUUGUGAAGAGAUGCAGUCUUCUGAGCUGUCAUCCAGGCCCCUCGAUCCUCUCGAUACGCCAUCGCCGGUUUCAUCCAGAUUCUUAAAUCUUGACAAGCAGACCCAGACAGUUUCUCCUACAAAGGUAAAUGAGCCCCCUGUGCCAAGCAAGUUGGGCAGUAAGACAAUGCAAGAUUGCAAUGCCUCCAAUGACUGGACUUCCUCUCUGCUCUCCCAAAGUAGGAACAGGCAGCCCCUCAUUCUGGGUGACAACAUUUUCGCUGACUUGGUGGGCAACUGGUUGGACUUGCCUGAGUUGGAGAAGAAGCCCCCUCUGGCCGCUGUGGAUGGACGAGCUGGGCGUGACCAUGGCCCCUCGCUCAGCAGAUCUCAGGAAUUCCAGAAGAAAUUGAACCUGACGGCCAACAUCUUCAAGAAGCUGCUGAGAAGCGUUCGGCCUGACAAAGGCAAGCUGGUGAAGGAGAAAUGCAGCCAGGUACCAACGAGUAACCCUGGAGAUGCUAUCACCAAGAGAUCCAGCAAGGGAUCCAAGCAGAAGGUGACUUUUUAUUUUGAGCUGCGGGGAAGCAACAGUCAGAACAAGAAGGUGCAGGAUGAAUGUGGAACCUUACUGGAUAAAAAGGAUCUCAGACCCAAUAACUGUACAAAUAAACUGAUCCAGUCGGUGACAGAGAAACAAUCUCCAUUUGACUAUAACUCUGUGGUUUGGGUCUGAUUUCAAAUAUGAAAACCCUUGAAAGAAAAAUGAAUUGCACUUAAUUUCAUUUAUAUCCUACAUGGUUCCAAAGACAAUGGGAUCAAUAUUGUUUACAGUAGUUAUUUUUUCAAACCCUUUCUUUUUGAAUAUUUGAUUGUCAAGAGUGAAACAUGUCAAGAUUAUUUAAAAGGAGAUUGCCAGACAAAACGAUUUCUAUCUUUCAGUUUGCCACAUUAAGACAAACCUGUGCAGAAAUGUGUCUCUUUGCAAGUUGCCUGCGAGGUUACCAUAAUUCAAUAGAUCAAUUUCCUCUCGUCUGCCUUCUGUCAUUAGUCAUGAUGUGGAGGUGCCGGAGCUGGACUGGGGAGGACAACGUCAGAAGUCACGUGACACCAGGUUAUAGUCCGACAGGUUUAUUUGGAAUCACACAAGCUUUCAGAGCGCAUGGUGACAAAGUCAGGUGCACUUGAGAAAGGGGCUGCACUCCGAAAGUUUGUGUGAUUCCAAAUAAUUCUGUUGGGCUAUAUCCUGGUGUCGUAUGACUUCUGACUGUCAUUAGUAAGAGAGGUCAUUCCUCAUUAAUACACAUCCUCUGUCCCCUUGCUCACCUCCAAACAGCUGGCUUUUUCCUGAGAUUUAUCCAUAGAAGCCCUCUAGUUCAUCUGUUUUGUUUUUCAUGUACCAGAGUUUCGCUGACCUUGACAGUUGAUCCCAGGACUGGCCAUUUGCUGAUCCACACUUUGAUCUCAACUGAUCGCCACUUGGCCCGAGGUUUGUGAGUCAUGGCAAUGUACUGCAGACUGAUGUUUCCCUUCCCAGAAUGCCCCACCUAAUGCCCUACCUGCAAGGUCCCUUCUGAGCCACACACCUUCCUUAGAAAUAUAUCACUGUUCUUUCAGUGUCGCUGGGUCAAAAUCUUGGAACUCCUUCCCUAAAGGCAUUGUAGGUCUACUUACAGCAGUUCAAGAAGGCAGCUCACCACCACCUUCUCCAGGGCAACCAGGGAAGGGCAAUAAAUGCUGGACCAGCCAGAGAUGCCCACAUCCUGUGAAUAAAUUUCUAAAAAACUGAAACCAGCUGAAUCCAGGCCACACUAGAAAAUAAGAUCUUCCUGUAUAGUAUUUCUCAAUGUCACAAAGGGCAAUAUAUUUAAUGACAGACCUAGACAUGAAACCUGUGUCUCUGUGUCCCUGGUGUUCCAAUUUGGCUGUAUUUAAGAAGGUCCUUUUUCUUAGCUUUUGUAGUAAGUUCAAAUGGACAAAUUCUUCAUGCCUGUAAGGAUGAUAGGACAGAGUCAUCAGAUGAGUGUGAAUUUCCUGUGGUCUGUGAACGAGUGAGAUGAAGCAAAAAAACUUUGUUCUGAGUUUAGAAUCUGACUUGCUUGUUAAUAUUUGGGAGGAUGUUGUAGAAUAGCAAGAUAUGGCUCACUGCUUGUCUAAGAAGUUUGAGUUGAGCAUGGGAACACAGAGCUAAGAGAUUUAAUAAA